GGACUCGGUCGGCCAACUCCAGGAGACCCGAGGCCGGAGGUCCGUGCGCCCCGGCCGCGGCCCCGGCCUGGGCCCAGCCCCGCGACCCUCGCCAUGGGCCUGGCCCUUGCCCGCAGGCCCUGAGCAUGGAGCGGGGCUGGCCGCAGGUGGACAGCUGCAGCGGGGAGCGGCCCGGCGCCUGCCGCCGCGCCCUCAGCGUCUGCGACUCGCUGGACUUGCACGGCGCCCCCGCCGGUCGCGCUGCCGCCGCCCUGCAGGCCGCCCUGUGCGCCGCGCGGGAGCAGCCGGCGCGGCCGCGGAGCGUAUGUUCGGGUGGCCCGGGGCCGCCGCCUGCCGGCGCCCGUGGCCUGCUCGGCCUCCUUCGCCCACGCCUCCGCCGCCGGGACCUGACGUCGUCGGGGCAGCCCGGUUCGCCCGCGCCCAGCCCCGUGCUGACCCGGCGCAGCCGCAGCCGAGGGGACCCGGCGCCGCGGCCGCGGCCCACCAGCAUGACUUUCCUGGAGGUGAACCGCCUGGAGCUGGCGGCGGCCGAGGCUCCGGGCGCGGGCGCGGGACUGGGCCGUGCGGGCAGUGCGGGCUUCCUGCGCGGUGCGUCGCUGUGGAGCAGCCAGCGCUGGCAGGUGUUUCGCGGCGGCGGAGGGCGCGCAGCCGAGGGUCCCCGGCGCGGCUUGUCUGCGCUCAAGAAGAGCUUCAGCUUCCGCCUGCGCCGCGGCCAGGAGAUCCGGCGCUCCGAGUCGGGGCUUUUGGCCCGGCCGCCCCGCGCUCGCACGCGUAGCGACGGCGACGCCAGCUCCCUGGGCGCCUUCCCCAGCCGCCGGGACCUCCUGGGCGCCGAGGCUCCGCGCGCUGCGCCGGAGUCAGGCCGCCCUCGCGCCGCCGCCGGCCUCUGGAGGCUGCUCACCAGCCGCUUCCGCCGGAGGGAGCCGGAGCCGGAGCCCGAGCCCGCCGCGCCGCUGUGGAGCCGCCGGGCAGCCGCGGCCCCUGGGCUCCUGGACGCGCCGAGCGACUCCUUUGUGAACAGCCAGGAGUGGACGCUGAGCCGCUCAGUGCCAGAGCUUAAAGUGGGCAUAGUGGGAAACCUGUCUAGUGGGAAGUCAGCCUUGGUGCACCGCUAUCUGACGGGGACCUAUGUCCAGGAGGAGUCCCCUGAAGGGGGGCGGUUUAAGAAGGAGAUUGUGGUGGAUGGCCAGAGCUACCUGCUGCUGAUCCGAGAUGAAGGAGGCCCCCCUGAGCUCCAGUUUGCUGCCUGGGUGGAUGCAGUGGUGUUUGUGUUCAGCCUGGAGGAUGAAAUCAGCUUCCAGACGGUGUACAACUACUUCCUGCGGCUCUGCAGCUUCCGUAACGCCAGCGAGGUGCCCAUGGUGCUAGUGGGCACACAGGACGCCAUCAGUGCUGCUAACCCCCGGGUCAUUGAUGACAGCAGGGCCCGCAAGCUCUCCACAGACUUGAAGCGCUGCACCUACUACGAGACGUGCGCCACCUAUGGGCUCAAUGUGGAGCGCGUCUUCCAGGACGUGGCCCAGAAGGUAGUGGCCUUGCGGAAGAAGCAGCAGCUGGCCAUCGGGCCCUGCAAGUCACUGCCAAACUCGCCCAGCCACUCAGCAGUGUCCGCCGCCUCCAUCCCGGCUGUGCAUAUCAACCAGGCCACGAAUGGCGGCAGCAGCGCCUUCAGCGACUACUCAUCCUCAGUCCCCUCCACCCCAAGCAUCAGCCAGAGGGAGCUGCGCAUCGAGACCAUCGCUGCCUCCUCCACCCCCACACCCAUCCGCAAGCAGUCCAAGCGGCGCUCCAACAUCUUCACGUCUCGAAAGGGUGCUGACCUAGACCGGGAGAAGAAGGCUGCUGAGAACAAGAUGGACAGUAUCGGGAGUGGCAGGGCAAUCCCCAUUAAACAGGGGAUCCUGCUGAAGCGGAGCGGCAAGUCCCUGAACAAGGAGUGGAAGAAGAAAUACGUGACCCUCUGUGACAAUGGGCUGCUCACCUACCACCCUAGCCUGCACGAUUAUAUGCAGAACAUCCAUGGCAAGGAGAUUGAUCUGCUGCGGACCACAGUGAAAGUGCCAGGGAAGCGCCUGCCUCGAGCCACACCUGCCACAGCCCCAGGCACCAGCCCCCGUGCCAAUGGGCUGGCCAUGGAGCGGAGUAACACACAGCUGGGUGGGAGCACAGGUGCCCCCCACUCGGCCAGCAGCGCAUCCCUGCACUCUGAGCGCCCCCUCAGCAGCUCGGCCUGGGGUGACCCCAGCAGCACCGAGGGGCUGCAUCAGCGCUCCUGCUCUGUUUCCAGCACCGACCAGUGGAGUGAGCCCGCUGCCCUGCCCCCAGGCAUGCAGCACCCUGCCAGUGGCCCAGCUGAGGUGCUCAGUUCCAGCCCCAAGCUGGAGCCUCCCCCAUCUCCCCACUCCAACCGGAAGAAGCACCGGCGGAAAAAGAGCACCACCGGGACCCCCCGACCAGACGGCCCCAGCAGUGCUGCUGAAGAGGCAGAGGAGUCGUUUGAGUUUGUGGUGGUGUCCCUCACCGGGCAGACGUGGCACUUUGAGGCCUCAACGGCUGAGGAGCGGGAGCUGUGGGUACAGAGUGUGCAGGCCCAGAUCCUCGCCAGCUUGCAGGGUUGCCGCAGUGCCAAGGACAAGACUCGACUGGGGAACCAGAAUGCAGCUCUGGCUGUGCAGGCUGUCCGCACUGUUCGUGGCAACAGUUUCUGCAUUGACUGUGAUGCACCCAAUCCAGAUUGGGCCAGCCUGAAUCUGGGUGCCCUGAUGUGCAUUGAGUGCUCAGGGAUACACCGACAUCUGGGGGCUCACCUGUCUCGGGUCCGCUCCCUUGACCUUGAUGACUGGCCACCUGAAUUGCUGGCUGUUAUGACUGCGAUGGGCAAUGCCCUGGCCAACAGUGUCUGGGAAGGGGCCCUGGAUGGCUACGCAAAGCCAGGGCCUGAUGCAUGCAGAGAGGAGAAGGAGCACUGGAUACGGGCCAAGUAUGAGCAGAAGCUCUUCCUGGCCCCACUGCCGAGCUCUGAUGUGCCGCUGGGGCAGCAGUUGCUGCGGGCGGUGGUGGAGGAUGACCUGCGGCUACUGGUGAUGCUUCUGGCACAUGGGUCCAAGGAGGAGGUGAAUGAGACCUAUGGGGAUGGGGACGGGCGGACGGCUCUGCAUCUUUCCAGUGCCAUGGCUAAUGUGGUCUUCACACAGCUGCUAAUCUGGUAUGGGGUGGACGUGAGGAGCCGAGACGCCCGGGGUCUGACCCCACUGGCCUAUGCUCGCCGGGCUGGCAGUCAGGAGUGUGCAGACAUCUUGAUCCAGCAUGGCUGCCCUGGGGAGGGCUGUAGCUUAGCACCUACGCCCAACAGAGAGCCUGCUAAUGGCACCAACCCCUCUGCUGAACUGCACCGUAGUCCUAGCCUCCUAUAAGGCCCAGGAAAAGGGCAGGGGGCCUAGCUUGAAGAACUCCACAGCCUGGGGAUCCUGUUCCCCGCAGGCACUGGAAGAAACAAGAUACAGAGAUGGAGAAACAACACACAGAGAGGAAGGAGGAGGAGAAAUCAGGAGAAUCAAAAGGAUCCAAGGAAUAUGUUGGCAUUUAGGCUACAGGACAGAGAGGGAGUGAAGUAUUUAGCCCUCCGCCCUGAGGUGCCAUUGAAAAGGGACAGGACCCUUUGGAGGUGCCAGUGAGGAGAGGGGAGCAGGACCUCUCCCUCCUCCAGAUCCCUUCCUUCUACUGCCCGUCCCAAGUCUUCAUCCUAAAGCAGAGGGCACAGGUGAGGGGGUGCUGGAUAGAGACGGGGUGGUCUCUGAGUCCUAUGUAAACUUUGUACAUUAGAAUAUUUAUGUUUGUGUACAUAAUUGGUGUGUAUGAUGAGUCAAUAAACCAGACUGUGUGUGG